GGGGUCAGGAGCCAGGCAAGGAGAGCCCGAACAAGAGCAGCAUUUUCCUGGGCUCUUCCAGCUGUUCUGUUCAAUCCUGCCGUCGGUUCUGAGCAGGGAAGAGAGACUGUCAACACAAAUAAGGCACUUUUCAAAGGCGUAAAUUAUGAGUUACCAAAACAAUGCGACAUCUCAACCACAUGGAGACAUCGAGGGCCCCACAGCUGGAGCAGAUGUGGCUGUUAUUGGAGGUGUGAUUGCUGCAGUUGUAUUUGUCCUCAUUUGCCUGCUGGUCGUGAUGGUCCGGUACCUGUACAGGCAUAAGGGCACCUACCACACCAAUGAGGCAAAAGGAACUGAGUUUGCUGAAAGCGCAGAUGCAGCUUUGAAAAAUGACCCCGCUCUGCAGGAAGCAGUGGAUGAGAGCAAAAAGGAAUAUUUCAUCUGAGAAGCAAGGAUUUCCAUGGAGACUUCCCCAAGGGAAUCAAUCAGAAAUGCUACAUCAACAGAAGUGCUAAGAGAUGGAUAAUAUGAGGAUACAGGCAAGCAUCCUAACUGAAAAGUAUUUCUUCACUUUUUUGUCACUGAGUUGUUUCUUUUCUGCUACUGGUGAAGAACUAAAUGCCAGAUACUUGCCUGUUGAUUUUAUUAGCAACACAGCUGGUCACAGUUGAAAACAAUAUCAGAUAAGAAGAAACAAAAUCUCACUGAGUGAUACACCAAAACCAGAUAAAGAUAGCAAAUGUCAAGCCUUGACAUUUGGUGAAAAUAGCAGAUGUCAAUGGAAAACAUCCUCUUAGAGUUAAUGAUGCAUCUUAUGCUGAUAUGAUCCAGAACUACCUGAAACAGAAUUUCAAAUGGUCACAGAACAAACAUUAAACUAGAUAAAGCUGAUGUAGCAGGAACAAACAUAGUUUUGUAGCCCAGAUAUCUCCCCCCCUCCCUGUAAACAUGCAAUUUUAUUG